AUGCUUCCCAGCAACAAGCAAUCUUCUUCAAACCAAGAGGUUUCUAUGAGCAAACUCCAUGCUCAGUCCAACAAGUACAGAGAAAUCAAUGAUGAACUCUCUUCAAUUCUUCAAAAUUUUGAAGAUCUUCGUCCACCAAACAUUGUUGUUGUUGGUGAGCAAAGUGCUGGUAAAAGUUCUGUUCUCGAAUACUUGAGUGGUGUUAAAUUCGUAACAGGUCAAGACAUGGUCACUCGUUGUCCACUCCAAUUAAGAAUGAAUCAUUCAUACGGUGAAGAAGCUAAAGCUAUUGUUAAGAGUGCUAAAAUUGAAAGCCCAAUUGAAAUUCCCAAUCCAGAGUCUGAAGAUGGAGCCAAACUUUUGGAUGAUACUAUCAGAAAUAUUACUCAACUUCACAUUGGAAAUGAAACAGUUGCCAAUGAGCUGAUUGAAGUUCAAGUCAUCUCUCCACACGUUCCAGAUUUAACUCUUGUCGAUUUACCAGGUUUGAUAACUAAAAGCUCUAAAGAUAAUCCGUAUCUUGCUGAGAACAUUAGGGAACUUGUUAGAAAGAAUAUGACUGAGAAGGAUUGUAUUCUUAUCGUUGGAGAUGGUGGAAGAGACUUACAAACUAUUGUCGGGUUCACAGAAGCUGAAGAAGUUGACAAGGAUCAAAAAAGAACGCUCUGUGUUCUUACCAAAGUUGACAAAUGCAUCAAUGAUAAGGAAAUCAGACAAAAAUUAAUCAAGUCUCUCAAGAAUGAGGGAUCUAUUUCCCUAUUGCAUGGUUUUGUCGCCUUGAAGAAUCGCACUAGUGACGAGAAGCACCUUUCCAUUGAAGAAUGUGAAAAAAUUGAAAGCUCAUUGUUAGAUUCUUUGGAUGCACCUGAUGGAAGUAAGGGAAGAGCUGCACUUAUUGAAAAGUUGACUCAAAUUCAGAAUGAGCACUUACAAGAAAGUAUUCCAAAGCAAAAAGAGUUGCUUCAACAAGAACUUAUCAAAAUUGAGUCCCAACUUGAAAACACCUCCAAUAAUAUUCAACAAUUUUAUGCUUAUGGAGAUGAGGCGUUGAUAAGAAGCUAUGAAACUAGUAUUUCUAGUUUAGUUUCUGCAUUCAAAGACAUUUCAGUUAAUACAGAAAUACUUGACAUGUCCUCUUCUGAAGAUUUGAAGAAGUCAGUAACUUCAAAUCCAUUAAGCUUGUCUGUUUUCUCCUCUGUUACCGAAGCAUUAUCCGAAGAGAUAUUAACCAUAUUGACCUCUUCUAAAACUCAAAUCAAUAAUUAUUUUGAAGCCAUUACUAAGUUCAUUGACAAAACAAGUGGUUUCCCUGGUCUCCCUGAUCUCUACCAACCAACAAUACUGUUAAAACUUGCAAAUUUAGAAAUGGCAAAUGUACGUAAGGUUGUUGAUAAAUAUGUUUUGGAAGCAUGGGAAAGAGUGAAACGUAUGUUGUUAAAACAUCUUGUUCCAAAGCAGAUAGGAUCUUCCAAGCUUGAAAAAAUGUUGAAAACUGAAUUGAAGCAACAUUAUGAUUCUGUAUUCAAGACAACCAAGAAGAUCAUUGAUAAGGUAUUUAGAAGAGAGAUUCAAAGAACAUUCACCAUGGAUAAAUCGUAUGCAGUUAGAUCUCAGCUCAUCAGACAAUUAUGCAAAUUGAAAGGUAAGCAACAAGAAAGCUAUGAAGCGGAAACCUUGAAAGAACAACUGUCACAGUUUGGCUAUUCAGAUGAUAUUACCUUUGUGUCUUAUCUCCAAGAUUUACCUGCUAAGAGUUCCAAACAGAGUGCUGCUAUUGAGGUAUUGAUCAAAUUCAAGUCUUAUUUGAAUAUUGCUGCUACAAGAAUCGCUGAUCAGGUUUCUCAAAUAUUGUAUGAUGAAUUAAUCAUAAGCCCUUGUGAAGAAAUGCCUCAAUGUCUUUCAGUUAAGAGAGUGAACAAUAAGAGGGUUUCCAAUUUUCCAAUUGAACCAAUAGAACUUCCAGGUGUUCCAAUCCAGCGUAUUAUUGAUGUUAUGAAACCAAGCAAAUCAGAAUUGGAUUCUUAUCGCAAGCUCUUAGAAAAACAUCAAGCAGUCAAGAAGGCCAUCGAAGUAAUCGAUAGAUUGGACUGGGAAUAUUAAAUAUUUCUCCUCAUUAUAUAUCAAAUACAUUAAAUAAUCAAUUUAUAU